AUGAGAAUAAUUUUGUCAUUAUUGAUAUUUAGAUGCACAAUCUGUGAAGUAUUAACUAAUAAUACUACCGUCUCUCAUGAUUUACAAUCAGCAUAUCAAUACUUGAUUGAAAAUGAAAAUUAGUUGAUACUUGGUUAAUGGAAAGUAAACUCAAAACACCCGGUUUACUUAAGCAUCAAUUUUGAUAGCAAGAACUUCAUUUUACAGGUCUAUCUCAGACAGAAUAAUAACUAAAGAGAGCCUUACUUUAUGAGACUGAGCUACUUAUUGAAUAAUAGUUCCUAUUACUUUGAUUCAGUCUAAAAUCGAAUGACUUGGAAAAAUGUCUUAACCUAAAUUACUCUGUAAAUUAACAGAAAUCAUACUCCAUAGUAUUGCAAAGCAACACUUGAAUUAGAAAUUCAAAAACCAAAAAAUCUUCAAAUUUAUAGUGAUUUUGACAACGCUUGUUAGCUGACUGAAGAGAAAAUAUAUCUAUACAUCUCUCACAAUUCUAUGCAAAUGUUAAUCUAUUUAGCACUUAUCAUUUUCAUUUAAAUGUUUCAAAUAUUUAAUUCACAUCACUAUUUUAAUUCAGACCCUAGACCAAAUUAGGGAGGAUCAAUCACGAUGUCAAUUAUACUUACUCAAGACAUUUAUAUGUGCAUAUUUAACAUACUCCUAUUUGAUACCAUAGGAUUAUGCUUCUAUAUUCCUUGUUUAGGUUCUCAAAUGAUUACCAUUUUAUUUGAUCUAAAAAUGAAAGUUAAAUUAGCACAAACAGCAAACUAUGAUAUGAAGGAAAUUGUAUUUUUUUUCGUUUAGUUUCUAAUCAUUACAUUUUUAUUCCUUUAAAUAUAAAACUCAUAUGGAUAAAUCCUUCUGAAUUUGAUUUUGCUUCCUUAAAUAUUAUUCACAUUUUUUACAGGAAAACGAUAGAGAUUUAACUCUAACUAUAUUGGAAUCCUAUUUCCAAGAUUGUUAUUUUCGCUAUACUUUACAGGAUAUUCUAAUAACAUUUUAAUGCUUAAAUAUAAUAUAGUCAUUUUUGGAACCAUCAUUCUAAUUUUUCUAAUAUAAUCCUUAAUUUACUAUUUUCAAUGUCAUUAUGGAUUGUUCAUCCUUUCGAAUAAAAAAUUUAAUUAUCUCAUCAAGUAGACAAAUGAUCAUUCCAAAAUAGAUUGUUCAAUUUGUUUGGUCAAUCUAACAAGUCCCCCAGAACUUAUCCUAAAUUCAGAAGAACCUGUUCAUAUCCAAACUUUAAAUAUGGCUACUUAACUGCAAUUAUUAAUGAGCACUCCAUGCAAUCAUAUAUUUCAUCCCUUUUGUUUGAUAUAAUGGAUGUAAAUUAACCUUACGUGCCCACUGUGUAAGAGUUCGCUUCCUUAAAUAUAUUGA